UUCUUCAAGUGUUAUUUCAUUAGCAACUCUAGCUAAGAACCUCUAACUUCAUCAUGUUCGCAAAGGUCGUUAUUUUCUGCGCUGCUCUCGCAGCCGCCCAUGCAUCCCUUGUCGGACCCUUGGGAUAUGGUGCUCCCGUACUUGCAGCCGGACCUCUCGGUUAUGGAAAGGCACUGGUGGCCGCCCCUGCAGUUGCCACAGUCUCCACCCAAAGAGCCGCCAUCAACCAUGUAGCCCCUGCUGCUCCUCUUGCUGCUGCUGCACCUCUUGCAUAUGGAGCACCUCUUGCCCUCGCCAAUGGAGUCAUCGCUGGCAAUGGAAUCCUCGCCAACGGACUUGUUGCCGGACACGGUCUUGCUGCACCCCUCGCUGUCGGACAUGGUCUUCUCGGCGCCCCUUAUGGUCUGGGAGUCGAAAAGCUCGGACUUGCUGCACCCCUCGGCCUUGGUCUUGGAAAAGCCAUCUUGUAAAAUGUACCGAUAAUUUAAUUUAAAUA